AUGUCCCCGAACUCUACUGCCUUCUCCCACCCCCCUUAUUUCCUACUCGUUGGCAUCCCUGGGCUGGAGAAGGAGCAGUUCUGGAUUGCCUUCCCCUUCUGCCUCAUGUAUGCCAUUGCUGUGCUGGGGAACAUCACGCUUCUCCUCAUUAUAAAGGCAGAGCCGAGCCUGCACAAGCCCAUGUACCUCUUCCUGGCCAUGCUGGCCUUCACUGACCUGCUCCUGUCAACAUCCGUGCUCCCCAAAAUGCUUGGCAUCUUCUGGCUGGGCUCUGGGGAGAUUGGGUUUCUCUCCUGCCUUACUCAGUUGUUCUUCAUCCAUACGUUGUCGUCGGUGGAGUUGGGUGUGCUCAUGGCCAUGGCCUUGGACCGCUACGUCGCUAUUUGCUGCCCGCUGCGGUACUCCAGCAUCCUCUCUGUGCCGGUGGUGGUGGCUCUCGGGAGCCUGGUGCUGGUGCGGGGGGUCCUCCUGGUGAGCCCCUUCUGCUUCCUCCUCCGGAGGAUGCCCUUCUGCCAGCAACACGUCAUCUCCCACUCCUACUGCGAGCACAUGGCCGUGGUGAAGCUGGCAUGUGGGGACACCAGAGUCAACGUCAUCUACGGCCUCUUUGUGGCUUUCAUGGUGACCGGAUCUGACAUGACCCUGAUCUGUGUGUCCUACAGCAGGAUCCUGCGGGUGGUAACGAGGCUGUUGUCCCCAGAGGCACAGCUGAAAGCCUUCAGCACUUGUGUGUCCCACGUCUGUGUCAUCCUUGCCUUCUACAUCCCUGCUCUCUUCACGUUCCUCACCCACCGGUUUGGGCAGAGCAUCCCUCCCCACAUCCACAUCACGGUCGCCAACCUCUACCUGCUAGUGCCCCCCAUGGUGAACCCCAUUGUUUAUGGGGUGAGGACCAAGAAGCUGUGGGACAGGGUGGUCCUCCUCUUCCAGCAGAAGGGACCCUGA